AUUCUCGUAGCGGUAUUCAGGUUAUAGUGCCCCGCACGUUUCGACACCAAGGAUUCGGCACUACGCUAUACAGUGUGGAAACAAAAUUUUGGUUCCAAACAAGUCAUUUCUUUUUAAUAGGUUUCCCCGAUGGUUCUAACCGAAUUAUGAUCUUAUAUAUAACAUACUGAUUGAUUACAUAAAAACAAACGCUCAAAAUGUAAAGUCUCAAAUAAAAAUCUUUUAUAACUUUAUUGAAAUAAUAUAAUUCCUUUUUUCGUAGCAAUUCUUCCUUUAGAUGCAAUUUGUGACUAACAAAUAUUAAUUACUCCUUCUGCUCUUGGGAUUCUACACAUUUCAAUAUUUAAUCUUCAACAAUUCUUCGUUGUACUUAUAUUUUGACCCUCCCUGUAUUACUGUGACAUUGUUGGAGCUCAAGGUCGGACCGCUAAGAGAAUUUUUGUUAGGUUAGGCCAAGUUAAAAAGUAAGAGCCGGGUACAAGGUGGUAUAAAAGUUUCUAAAACGGAAAUAGGAAGUUUGUAUAGAAUUUGGUAUUAUUCGAAUCUAAUUAAUAUCGAUUUUGUUAUUUAUAGUUUGCAGUAAACUAUAUUUAGCACACCGAAAUUGCUCGUGAAUUGUUAUGUUAAUUUGAAUGAGAUAUCAAUUUAGAUAACACUUGUUAAUUUGGAUAUCUAUCUAUUUCUCUGAAGUGUUCUAUUAAUUAUAGUAAACGUUGAUAAGGAAGUGCGAAACGGGCAUCGAAAAAAAAAAUAUUAAUAUAUAUAAUGUGUUUAAAAAAUUACUUUUAACUCUUCUCACACUACCAAGCGCGUAUACGUCAUCGGUUGAUAUGUCAGUAUUAAUAAGUACGUAGAAUGCCAAUUUGAUUUAUUGAGGAAUUUAAUAUACCAAUGUUUAUUUAACAGUUUAAAACAUUAUAAACAGAUUUUGUAUACCCAAAGCCUUUUUUAAAAGUGCUCAAUGAUAAAUCCUCAUUAUAAAACUGAUAGUAGUGUCAUCUACCUUGGUGAUUUAGAGUCAAUAUUUGUUACAGAUUUCGUUAGUUUUAUAUAAAAAUCAAAUAGUAAUCAAUGUUGUGAUUACAGAAUUAUUGAUUAUGAAUAAACUUUCUAACGCAAGUAAUAAAUAAUUAUUUAUAGUAUUUUAUUCUUAUUCUAAUUUUAAGUGCUGAAAUACAUUCACAAAAAUUUUAUUUAAUGGAAAUUUGAUCUGAUGGGAAAGUUAUUAGCUAAGACAAACGUUCCGAUGAUCGCUAUUUAAAAGCUAUUUUGAAAAAUUUUUAUUUUUCAAAAUGUAUGUUGGUAACACUUGCCUAGUGAUUUGUUCCGAUGAAAACAUCAUAAAAUGCCGUUAAUAAAAAACACUGGCUGUUUGGUUUGGUAUGUAUCCGCUUUAGUUGGAUGAUUAGCCAUUUUGCUUUUUGCUAAGAAGCCGGUGACCUGAAACCCCGCAUCUACCUCUACUCCAGUGUCUUCAUAGUUUAAAAACAACAUUUUAGAAGUUUUUUCGAAUAGAAUUUACGAUUUUGAAGUAAGAAGAAAUACGGAAAGUACGUGAAGUUUGCACUGUGAACGUUGUUUUCAACGCUUAACCUUUUUCUUUGUAUAGAAAUUAUACGAUGUCUACAUCUGUGAAAAGGAAGAGAGCCCCUUCUAAGAAGGCAGGUGGUAAGAAAAACAAAAAAAACUUAGAUAUGGAUUCCGAUUUAAGUGAUGGUAGUGGUAACGAAAAUAACGUUCAACCCGAUGAAGUUCUCAUUGCUGGACAUGGAGACGUAGAUGAAACUCCUUUACCCAAGGAAUUAUUAAACACUAUAAUUAAACCCGCUGGUCAAUUAGUUUUCUUUGGCAAUAUUAAUUGGGAUACCAUGGGUAAAAGAGAAGUUAAAGGUCAGAAAGUGUUACCUAUGCUAUAUUGGCCCCACAGGUUUACUGAUCUAAGGAUUCGAUUAGUAGUAAGUGGUUGUGUAGCUGGACACUCCGUCCUGGUUACAGAGGAAGGUAAGGCAAUGACGUUUGGGAGGAACCCUCAUGGUCAAUUAGGAUUGGAUGAUACCAACACAAGAACUACACCUACAUUGGUACCUAGUUUGGAGAACAUGAAUAUCAUUGGGGCUGCAUGUGGAAGACACCACACAUUAUUUUUAACAGAUGGAGGGACAGUAUAUGCUUGUGGGGACAAUAGAUCAGGGCAGUGUGGUAUAGGAAACUUACAGCCUCAGGUAUUGGUACCUACAAGAAUCAAUUACAGGGGACCUCCAAUUAUUAAGGUAGGUGCUGGCGCUGAUUUUUCUGUAAUUCUUGACAUAAAAGGUGGUCUCCAUUCAUUUGGUCUACCUGAAUAUGGUCAAUUAGGCCACAAUACUGAUGGUAAAUACUUCAAAACUAGCACAAAAUUGUGUUUUAAUUAUCAAACGAGUCCUAAAAGAAUUGUCCUUUAUAUUGAGAAAAGUAAAGAUGGACACGUUUCUCCUGUAGAUGUAACUGAAAUUGUGGAUUUUUCUUGUGGACAAAAUCAUACUGUGGCUAUCGAUAGUAAAAAAAGAGCAUUUUCGUGGGGCUUCGGUGGUUUUGGUAGAUUGGGACAUGCUGAACAAAAAGAUGAAAUGGUUCCUCGUCUUAUAAAAUACUUUGAUAGCCAAUCUAGAGGUGUACGUUCAGUGCAUUGUGGCUCGACUUAUUCUCUAGCAGUGACUGAGUACAAUGGACUCUUCAUGUUUGGUCAAACUAAAAAAACUGGUGAGGCAAAUAUGUACCCAAAACCCAUACAAGAUCUUGCUGGAUGGAAUAUCAAACACAUCGGUACUGGACAGACAUCAAUAAUUGUCGCCGCUGAUGAGACAGUUAUAGCUUGGGGAGCAUCUCCUUGUUAUGGUGAAUUAGGAUUGGGAGAUAUGCAGAAAACUAGUACUACACCAAAAGAGGUAAACAAAUUAUCGGGUGUGAAGGUGACGAGUUUAACUAUGGGUCUGUGUUUUACUCUUUUGGUAGCGACCGAUGAAACUCCCGAACAGAAACAAAAAUUGGAAACCCUGAAAGAAUACACACCCUAGAUAUUUAACAAUAAGAGUAACAUCUAAAUUUUAAGCUAUUUCCAUGUAUUUAUGUCACAAAUAAUAUGAAAUUAGAGGAUAUGACAGCUUUCAAUGCACCUUUAGCCUGUUAUUUGAAGUGAGAAAAAAUACGAUGCAUUAACAGAUUAUUCAAAUGAGUAAAUAACAAAGUUAGUGAUGCCAGAUUAUUAUUUAUAGAAAAUAUUUCUUGUUAUAUUUUUAUUAAUUUGGUUCUUGGGGGGGUUAUUAUCGUUGUAAUAUAAUUUUUGAUGAAUAAGUGAAUCAAGUGUGAGUUUUUCUCACUUCGAUUAUAUUUUGGAGCUGUCAGAAAAUGUUUUCGGAAUAUAUGUAUCAGAAAAUUGUUUUUAGGAAGUAAAAUUUUCGAUUUCAUCCUAAUUAUUUUCCUUAGUAAUCUGGUAGGUUUUGUUUGGUGCAAAAAAUUAUACAAAUUGUCUGUUCAAUACUUAAACAAAUUUCUAGAUAUUUUGUAUAAAUUGAAAAAUAAAGAAAUUUGCCACCAGACAUUAAAUCUAUCUCGUAUACGAACUUUGAAUCACUUUUUUUGUAAUUAAGAUAAAUAUUUUAAUUUCAGUAUUUUUUAUACUAUAUUUUUAUACAUUCGAUUUUGUUUAUAGGGAGGAGAUCUCAAUUAUUCUAUUAUGUUUACUAGAAACAAUGCAUACUUUUUUAUAGUUAAUUUUUUUAUUUAUUAUAUAUAUUCUUUUAUUCUUUUCUUAGUCUGAAAACUGCUUUUUAGUGAUUAAAUUUUGCUUAUGGGUGUAAUUUGAUAAUUAAUUCUACGCAGUUUUAGCCUCCAUAAAAAUAUUUAUUACAAUUGUCAAAUAAACAUUUUUCUGUGAAAAAAUGCAAUUUCUAUUAAUUAAAAUACUUUUUAUGUCACUUUCUGUAGUAUCACUAAUUGAAACUUAAAAGUCUGGUCCCACAGUUUCAGUCUUUGUGUGUAUACCUGAUAUUUGUUGUAAUACAUUUAUUAUGAUCUAUAAUUCAACUUUCGAAGGUCUUCAUGCUUUAUAAAGACAAAAAUGUAAAAAAAAAACACUUUUCUAUGGAAAAUUGCGUCUACAUUUGUCAUAAUCUUUUAUUUGGUUUUAUAUAUGAUCACUUAUGGUUAUAUUGGUUGAAUAAUGGCUCUAUAAAUAUUUUUUUUUUAUUAAAAAAUCCAAAUAAUAUUUGUUGUAAUAUUUUUUAUAUGGAUUUUGUUGAUAAACUGAAAAGCUUAGUACCACAGUUUUAGUAUACCCAUAGUAGUUUAAUAAUAGCUUUAUAAACACCAAAACUGUACUUAUUGUCAAAAAGACCGUUUUCUUUUGAAAUAAUUGGAUCUCGUGUUUGUUGUAGUGAACUUUUAUCUUUUUUGUAUCACUAAGUAUAAAUAAAAGACCUGGCUCAAUAUUUGCGCUCAUAUCUUCAAUUUGCAAUUGUAACUCAUAAUGAUCUUUUAUUCCAUCACUGUACUCAACUUUUCCCCAAUUUCUUAUACCCAUAUCGGUUUAAUAAUGGGUAUAUUAAGGCCAAUAUUGAGUCAAUACGUCAAAAACAUGUUUCUGUGAAAAACUGCAUCCGUUAUUUUUCAUGGUAUCUUAUAAAUGUAAAAAAUUCGACUGAAAUGCAGAAAAAAAUUGGAUAACUAAAGCGAUUCUGAUUCUCGUAAGAUUUUAUUCCAUUAUUGAGCUCAACUUAAUGUCCUAGUCCCACAGUUUCAAUUCUUAGCCCCCAUAUCGGUAAUGAAGGCCUAAAUUGUUUGGAAUUACAAAAUGUUUCCAUACUAAAGAGCAUCUGAUAUUUGUAGUAUUAUAUUUUGUUUGGUUUUAAUAUUCCCAGUUCCACAGAUUCGAUUCAUAUGCCUCAUAUCGUUUAAUAACAGCUUUAUAAAGGGCUAAAUUGUUCCGAAAUGACAAAAUCAUGUUUCUAUACAAAAGGGAAUCCGAUAUUUGUCAUAAUAUAUCUUAUUUGGUUGUUUUAUAUGAUCAACUUAAAGUCUCGGUGCUACAGUUUGAAUUCUUUGCCCCCAUAUCGUUGAUUAAUGACUUUAUGAAAGGCUAAAUUAUUCUGAAUUGACAAAACCAUGUUUCUAUAUAAAAGAGCAUCUGAUAUUUGUCAUAUCUUUUAAUUGGUUGUUUUCUAUGAUCAACUUGAAGCUCCAAUGCCACAGUUUCAUUUCUUAGCCCCCAUAUCGUUUAUUAACGGCUUAAAGGGCUAAAUUGUUCAGAAAUGGCAAAAAUAUGUUUGUAAACAAAAGGGCGUGUGAUAAUUUUCAUUUGGUUUUUUAUGUCAUCAAAGACACAGUCCCCCAGUUUUUAUUCUUGGUCCCAUAUCGUUGAUUAAAGGCUUAUGAAGUCCACAUAUUAUUUGCUAAUGGUUUGGUAAAGGCCAAAAUUACCAAAGACAAAGGACAACAGAAUGUGAAAAAAAAACAUUUUAUUUAUCGUAAUAUGGUUUAUUUGGUUCUUUGCGUGAUAAUUAACUUUGACAACCAAAAUUAUAUAUAAUCGUUUUAUAAAUUUUUGUUAGAUUUCUUCCUAUUGACUAUUACAGCACCUUUCCUUACAUUCUUUUUGAUUAUAUAUUUUUUGUAUGUAAUUUUACUGCCAAAAGCCUAAUACAUAAUUUUUAUUGAUUGUGAUAUCCUCUUGUUCGAUAUACAUACUUAUAUAUAUAUAUUUUGUUUCGUGUAAUUUAAAAUAAUUUUUAUUAAAUUGGUAAUAGGUUUUUAGAUCUACAUCUAUCGAAUGUAUUAUUUAUAUUUAACAUACUUUUUUGUAUUUGUUCAAUUGUACCUACUUCAAAGUAAACAUUUUAUAAUAU